AUGGCUCUGGCAGCUUUGAGCCUGCUUUGGCUGACUUUCCAGGAUGCCUCUGCACAGAUUCCCGAAGGGAUGAGCUUGUCCUACUACAGCAGCUUGCCUGCGACAAAGAUCUUAAUCUGGGGAGGUGAUACAGGCCAAGGCCUGGACAUGUCGAGGUUCGCGCAUUCACGGUGUGCUUUACUACUCCUCGUUGGCAAGAAUGCAGAGGAUGCUGAGGCUGCGGCGACGCAGCUCCUGGCUGAGCCGCCAGUGGCAGGGACUUGCCCGCCAGGUGUGGAGCCUGUAGUGCACUGGGAUGCGGGCGAUAUACACAAUGCCACGUAUGUGCUGCGUUUGACCGCCAGGUACGAGUCAACUCUUGGAGGGUCACCUGACAUAUCCUGGAACUUCGCAGAGUGA